AUGAAGCUAAAGCAGUGAGUCGUGCUGUUAGCAAUUCUCCUUGUCAUCUUUAUCUUCACCAAAGUUUUCCUGAUUGACAACUUAGAUACGUCAGCUGCCAACCGGGAGGACCAGAGGGCCUUUCACCGAAUGUUGGCGGGCUUGCGGGUGGAGCUGGUACCCAAGCUGGACCACACCUUGCAGUCUCCCUGGGAGAUUGCAGCCCAGUGGGUGGUUCCCCGGGAAGUGUACCCUGAAGAGACACCAGAGCUGGGAGCAAUCUUGCAUGCCAUGGCCACCAAGAAAAUCAUUAAAGCGGAUGUGGGUUAUAAAGGGACACAACUGAAAGCCUUACUGAUACUUGAAGGAGGACAGAAAGUUGUCUUCAAACCUAAGCGGUAUAACCGGGACUAUGUGGUAGAAGGGGAACCAUAUGCUGGUUAUGAUAGACACAAUGCGGAGGUGGCAGCCUUUCAUUUGGACAGGAUUCUAGGUUUCCGCCGAGCUCCCUUGGUGGUUGGCAGAUUUGUUAAUCUGAGGACAGAGAUCAAGCCUGUUGCCACGGAGCAGCUCUUGAGCACCUUCCUAACCGUAGGAAAUAAUACUUGUUUCUAUGGGAAGUGUUACUACUGCCGAGAAACAGAGCCAGCCUGUGCUGACGGAGACACAAUGGAGGGGUCUGUCACGCUUUGGCUUCCAAAUGUGUGGCCUCUACAGAAACACCGACACCCAUGGGGCAGGACUUACCGAGAGGGCAAAUUGGCCAGGUGGGAGUAUGAUGAGAGCUACUGCGAUGCUGUGAAGAAAACGUCUCCUUAUGACUCCGGCCCGCGCCUCUUGGACAUCAUUGAUACAGCUGUCUUUGAUUACCUGAUUGGCAAUGCUGACCGCCAUCACUCUGAGAGUUUCCAAGACGAUGAAGGCGCUAGUAUGCUCAUCCUUCUCGAUAAUGCCAAAAGCUUUGGGAACCCCUCGCUGGAUGAGAGAAGCAUUCUCGCCCCUCUCUAUCAGUGUUGCAUCAUUCGUGUUUCCACCUGGAACAGACUGAACUCCUUGAAGAAUGGUGUGCUGAAGUCUGCCUUAAAAUCCGCCAUGGCCCACGACCCCAUCUCCCCAGUGCUCUCUGAUCCUCACCUGGACGCUGUGGACCAGCGGCUCCUGAGUAUCCUGGCCACCGUCAAGCAGUGCACUGACCAGUUUGGGAUGGACACUGUGUUGGUGGAAGACAGGAUGCCUCUCUCGCACUUGUAAUUCUCCACAAAAUAAGUGAAACUGCUUUUUACAAAGAUAGAGA